UGGGUCUGUAGCUGCAGCACCGGAGGAAGAGCAGAAUCAGCUGAACUACAGAAGAAAUGAAAAUAUUCCCCUGAAAUUCAUCACCAACAACCAGGAUAUUUAACUAAGAGCAGUGUUAAACUGCUGAAAGAGGUGAAGCAGAAGCCGUCCUGAAGAAUCUACAGAACACACAGAAAUUGUUGCAUUUAAAAGACAAAUGAAGCCAAGUCCCGACAUGGAGAAACAUCAGCACUCUGUCAAGAGUUUUACUAAACAGAGUCAUCUCAAAAAACACCAGCGCAUUCACACAGGAGAGAAACCGUAUCACUGCUCAGACUGUGGGAAGAGUUUUACUAAACAGAGUGAUCUCAAAAAACACCAGCGCAUUCACACAGGAGAGAAACCGUAUCACUGCUCAGACUGUGGGAAGAGUUUUACUGAACAGAGUACUCUCAAAAAACACCAGCGCAUUCACACAGGAGAGAAACCGUAUCACUGCUCAGACUGUGGGAAGAGUUUUACUAAACAGAGUCAUCUCAAAAUACACCAGCGCAUUCACACAGGAGAGAAACCGUAUCACUGCUCAGACUGUGGGAAGAGAUUUACUACACAGAGUAAUCUCAAAAUACACCAGCGCAUUCACACAGGACAGAAACCGUAUCACUGCUCAGACUGUGGGAAGAGAUUUACUCAACAGAGUGAUCUCAAAAUACACCAGCGCAUUCACUCAGGAGAGAAACCGUAUCACUGCUCAGACUGUGGGAAGAGUUUUACUAAACAGAGUAAUCUCAAAAUACACCAGCGCAUUCACACAGGACAGAAACCGUAUUACUGCUCAGACUGUGGGAAGUGUUUUACUCAACAGAGUAGUCUCAAAAAACACCAGCGCAUUCACACAGGAGAGAAACCGCAUCACUGCUCAGAGUGUGGGAAGUGUUUUACUCAACAGAGUCAUUUCAAAAUACACCAGCGCAUUCACACAGGUGAGAAACCGUAUCACUGCUCAGACUGUGGGAAGAGUUUUACUAAACAGAGUGAUCUCAAAAUCCACCAGCGCAUUCACACAGGAGAGAAACCGUAUCACUGCUCAGACUGUGGGAAGAGUUUUACUAAACAGAGUCAUCUCAAAAUACACCAGCGCAUUCACACAGGAGAGAAACCGUAUCACUGCUCAGACUGUGGGAAGAGAUUUACUACAAAGAGUCAUCUCAAAAAUCACCAGCGCAUUCACACAGGAGAGAAACCGUAUCACUGCUCAGACUGUGGGAAGAGUUUUAAGCAACAGAGUCAUUUCAAAAUACACCAGCGCAUUCAUACAGGUGAGAAACCGUAUCACUGCUCAGACUGUGGGAAGAGUUUUACUGAAAAGGGUACUCUCAAAAAUCACCAGCGCAUUCACACAGGAGUGAGACCAUAUUACUGCUCAGAAUGUGGGAACAGUUUUACUCAGCAGAGUCAUCUCAAUAAACACCAGCGCAUUCACACAGGAGAGAAAACUGUCCCAAAUUUGUCUCACGGCAAUUAAAAUCUUUUGGACAGAACACCUUAAUCCUACAUGUUCCACCAGAAACAAA